AUGUUACGUAAUGAUAUAUUACAUUCAUUAGGACUCAAGCAGUUUGUAAUUACCUUAUGUACAAAUGUUGAAGUAAAUAGUUAUUCAAAUCCAAUGAUCAUAGAUCAACAAACAUCAAUUUCCUGUCCAUAUAGAACAACUUUACAUAUUUUUGAUGCAUAUUACAGUCAAGUGCUUGACAAAAAUUCACAAUGCUCAAAUUCACCUGAGCAUAUUGAAAGAAAUCUAAAGUAUUUAGAUAGACCAACUACAAAGUUCAGUCUAAUAACUGAAUGCCAAGCUAAAUCAAUUGGACAGAUUGUAAAACGGUUGUGUGAUGGUACAAAUAGAUGUGAUUUAAUUCAUCAAUUAAAACAGAAGAAUAUCACAAAUUGUCCAUACCCAUCGGUUUUACAAGUAAAUUAUACAUGCUUCCCAGUCUAUUCUAAACAAGAAGUUAUUUGUGCAGAUUCUUAUGUUGAAUUAUCCUGUAAAGCGUUUUCUAUGGACAUGGGAUUAAUAGUAUUAGAAGCUGUACUUAACCAUAAUCUUUCAAUACAAUUAACUUCACCUUCCGAAACAAGUUUGCAAGGAUGUUUAAGAUCAAAUGCAAAUGGAGUUAAUAAAGGAAACAUGCCUGAUAACAGUCAAACUAAGUCAUCUGUGACACCAGCAGAAUAUAUCACUGGUCAUAAUAUAAAAAAAAUUCCAUGUCCUUCAAUUGACUCUAUUUCAAUUAUUUCAAAUAAAUGUAAUGGAUAUUUAACAUGUACUGUUAGUCCAAAUCUAGUACUUGAAUCAUUACAUCUAAUUAAUUCAAGAAAGUCUACUCUUUUUAAACAAAUGUCAUGUACAAAAUCUUAUCUAUAUUUAAGAUAUACAUGUGUGCAUAAUUUAUUGUUGGAAAAUACUCUUCGUUCAGAGGAUUCAAAGAAUUCAGUCAAACUUAGAGAAAAACAGACUUUUAAACUAAGGAAGAGACUAAACAAGUCAAGUGGAAACGGAAGGAUUAAUCAUAAAAUGAAUGAUAUGAAUGUUAUAUUAUUUAAUGAUAAUUUAAGUCUUUACUCUGGUCAAAUAGAUGUAUCAACUUCACAACUGAAUUCUGUGGAACCCAAACCAAGAAGUCCAAAUAUUGCAAUCAAUGAUGAACUAUUAAGUGUACUUAACGAAUUAUCUGUUCCUUCAAAGACAAAACCAACUCAUAUUUAUCUUUCUGCUUUGUUACCUUCAGUACUGUGUAUAAUGGUCAGUUGUAUAUUUGCAAUAGGUAUAUUAUGUCAUAGAAAGCAAUUAUUCAAGAAAAAACUUAAAUCCAACUACAUUUCUAGAAUAUUGCAUAAUCCAACUUAUUGUGAUCAACAUUCCACGUAUAAUGUUACAAUUGAUGAUAACAAUCAUGAAACCGUUUGUCAAUCAGAUUUGCAAACAAAUCAUUCAUAUUUGAGUAAAUCUGUCAAGAAUUGUAUAUCUGAAUGGGAGAGUGGAAAAAAUUACACUCCUUAUUUACAAUCAUUACAACAAGUAAAUUGUUCAACUGGUCAUUCGACUCAAUAUUGUCCUAAUUGUAACAAUGAACAAAAAGAUCUAUCACAUUUAUUUCACUAUCAAAAUAUUUCAUAUGGUGAUAAUGAUAUUAUUAGUAAUAAUAAUAUUAUAAAUCAGUCAGUUAAGGCAAGUCCGAAUUCAAGUGGUCAGAUGCCUAGUAAAGAGAACUCAUUUCCAUUGACUAGUUCUCAAAUGAUAAAUAAAACAGAGAAUUUGUCCCCAUCAUCAGUAAAGUGUUUAUCACAUGGAUUUGUCAACAAUUCAAUGAUGCAUUAUAAUCAGUGUUAUUCAUCUCAAUUUAACCAUACUACUGGUUUGAGUUAUGGUAAUUUUACAAAUGGUUCCAAUAAUAUUAUUAUUAAUAAUAAUGAUAAUAUUAAUAGCAAGCAAAUCAAUCAACAAACCAAUACUCUUAAAUCAAAUGAACAUGAGGACGAUACUAAACCAAAACAACUUCAUCCUCUAAAUGAUAGUUUAGUAAGUAAUACAAAAUUGUAUUUUUAUCAAGAUGAUGAACUGAUUCCUAAUAUUCAUGCAAAGUUAUAUGAUGUUAAUAUUCAUGAAAAAGAAAAGGUCACUUCUGGUUCACAGGAGAAACCUGUAAAUGUGAAUAAAGGAGAUUUAUCGACAAAUUCAUCAGAACAAAUAAAUUGUAAAAUUAAGCGUCGAUUAGCACCACCGUUAUUUAGUUCUGGAGAUGAUUUAUUACCAAAUUAUAUGAUGAAUACAAAAUCACCAGCUCACUUAAAAUACGGUAUAAUACCUGUGGUUCGAUAUCCUUACGAUUCGGAUGAUCAGUUAAAGGAUUCAGAUUCUGAUGUAUCAAAGUAUCCUCAAGCUAAAGAUUCGUUGAAUUAUUUGAGAAAUUACGAAAAUAAACCUGACAUAUGUUUAAGUGUAAACAAUGAUAAUUCAAACCAAAAGUAUUCAAUUUCUACUUCACCAACAUUUAAUAUGCUAAAUCCUAAUAGGAGUCAAUUAUCUCGUACUGCAUCGGAUCAUAAAGUUCAAAAUCCAGUUAGCCCUUCAUUGAUCAGAAGUGUAACUUCACAAAUAACUAAUAAUUCAGCUAAUUCAUUUGUAAAAAUAUCCUAA